AUGGCUCGGGGCCAGCUCGAAUGCUUCUGCCAGUCCACCGUCUCGCCCGAGGAUGGUGACGACGCGCACAGCUCAGAGUGGUCCGCUUUGACGUCAUGCGGACACGUCUACCACACCGUAAAUCAUGUCCUUGACCCUUCUGGGUGACAAAAGAUACUCCUUAACCGAGCCCAGCUGACCAUGAUUCUUCCCACGACCCGUCUUUACGGCUUUACGACCAACAGAAAUGCAUCAAAAAGUGGAUUCGAAGCCACAACCGCGCCGAAGCGAUCUGUCCGCUCCACUGCCCUUCGCGCCACGUCUCGGUGCGCAGCACCGACCGCAGUCAUCGCCGCACCCCGUACCCGUUGGUCCGCCUCUAUUUUGAAGCCGAUGUCACGAGCGAUGGUGUGCAAUCCCAGCUGGCCGGAGCCUCGCAGGCCGCAUCGGUGCGCCGAGAAGUUGCAGCCGCACGCGUGGAUCACGAAACCAACGACGAGGAGAACGACGUUGACGACGAACGGGAGGAUCUGUUGACAGGGGAAGGGCCUGCACCCAGACUGGCUCGACGCGCAGGUUCCGAGCAAGAAGUCGACCGGCUCCGACGCGAGCUCCGAGAAACGCAAGCGACCGUGCGGGAACUUCGACCCCUGCGCGAGCUCACGCGAGAACAGGCCCUGCGACUCGAGGAGCUCGAGGAAACGUGCCAGGCCAAGGAGAGCGUCAUCGACGAUCUCGAGGGCGAGCUCGGCCGGCGCAUGGACGAGCUUGUCCAGUACGAGUGCGGGCAGCCCGGUGCGCACCAGCGCAUUAUGGAGCUCGAGGUACGCGUCGACGAGCUCACCGGGGUCAUCGAGGUCGCGCUCGACGAACUCUCGACCAAGCGCGCCGAAGCCACAAAGCUGGAGGCCCAGCUGCGCGAAGUCGAGUCGGAAGCGCACGAGGCCAAGAUCAAGCACCGAGAGGAAGUCGCGCGCCUCAAGGCGACGCUGGCGAUGCGAGGCGAAGAGGGCGAAAAGACCAUCCAAAGCCUGCGCGAACAGAUCGAUGGCCACGACAAGGCGCUCUUUGCGUGAGUCUCCGCACUUGUCACCGAGCUUGAGUGUGACAGCCCCCGCUGACCUUCUUGCUGGGCUGGCGAUCGAUCGCGGUCUGGGCUUCAUUCGCACAGAAUGCAACUCGCGCAGGAUCGGAUCCAACACCAAGCCGACGAGCGCGUCGCGGAGUGCCAACGCGCGACGACGAAAGCCAUCGACAAGGCCGACGAAAAGGCAGCGCUGGCCGCCCAGGCCCAGACGUGCGCGCAAGAAGAAGUCGUCAAGCUCAAAGGUCAAGUGCAGCGCCUCGAGGCGGCGCUCAAGAGCUGGGAGUCCAAACAGGCUAGGACGCGCCACAAGUACGAGGAGCUCAAGCGGCGUCGACCCAAGGCCGCCAUCUCGGACGACGAAUACGAAACCUGCCCAGUCGUUCCGGUCCCACGCAGUCCUGCUGCAGCCUCUGGCGCGACGAGAGCACUGUCACCUUCGACGACGGCCGGCACAGGUCUUGCUUUCAGGAUCAAAAACACGGUGAUGACGAGCAGCAGCUUUGCUUCGAAUGCUGACCGCGCGACGCCGAGCCCCUCGCCGCGCAAACGGCAGCGUCCGACGACAUUAGCGGCGGCAGCACCGGGAUUGCGCGCGGAAGUGAUCGAGAUCACCGAUAGCGACGACGAGGACGACCUGUACGGCCUACCCUCUCCGCACCACCUCUCGUCGACGAAGCAUCCCCCGCUCGCGGCGUCGGCUCGACCACCCCGAGGCACCGUCCCCAUGCCGACGAUGACCGAUGCGCGAUCAAAUCACAGGCACGCCUCUGGACGGUGCGGCAGCAAGCCGCAGCUCUCCAAACUCUCCUCGGACAAGUAUCUCCCCGACUUUGCGACAGGAACAACGGAGCAUGGGCCCAAGAAUUACAAGCGGUUGGCGGGUGCCAGGUGA